CAAGAUUUGUUAUUCUAACAAUGUUAUAUCAUUGUCUUACUGUUCCAUUUAGGAAGACACACAAUGAAUGUUCCAAAUGCGAUUAAGAUUUAAAAUAAUUCACAUUAAACCAAGGUUUAUGAAACUGCCAAGAAAUAAAUGAUUUUGACACCUCAAAAACAAUUUACGUAGAUUUUGAAUAUAAAAUAAUCAAGUAAUAAAAUUAUUUUGGUAAACUGUUAUUAAAAUUUACAUGGAUUUAUUAGAUACCCAUGAAAAGGACUCAAUAAGCAAAAAGUGUAACCGAGUACGUUCAUGGUAUUUAUACGAACAGUAUAAGUCACUAGAAAGGAAUCAGAUAGAUGCUGCAUGUUUGUUAAAAAGCAAAUCCUAUCAAAAUAAUUUACUGCGCCAAGAACUAAAGGAAAGACGUGCACGCAGGAGAUUGUGCGACAGCAACGAACUAUGUCGGAGCGAAUUUAGAACAAACAAAGAUAAUAUACUCAGAAAUGACAGUGUGAGCGAUGACAAUCUGUUCGAUAGUGUCUGUGAACUUCACGAGGAUGUCGAACUAAAAGACAUCUGUAGCUGCGACGGUUCGAAAACGAGCAAAUAUGAUGAAAAUAUAAAUAAAGAAGACUUAAGUUGCUCCGACAGCGUAUUGAGUGUGGUGGAUAAUGUUACAUCUAAUUACCCUCAAGAUGUUAAAAAGGAAUUAGAAAUUGUUAAAAAGAACAUCGCUCAAAAUAUUAACCUGCAACUGGAAACUGUGAAAGAAAAUGUAGAAUGUUUGGAAAAAUUUACGAAGCUUAAUGACGAAGAUCUAUUGUCUCGAGGAAAUAGUGAAGUUGCGGAUAUUAAAGACGUCAAUAAAAAUGUAAAAGAGAAAUCAAAAAAUAGCAUAGAAUCUUUAUUGUCGAUUUGGUCCAAAUUGGUACUGUUUGCUUACAACACGUCGCAAUUAAAUCACGGAAACUGCUACUGCCAUUUCAGCUUUCAAUUAGUGACAGCUGUUCUUGCGUGCGAUUUUCUUCGUAGAAGCGUUGACAAGAUGUGUAAUUAUUUCCAGUCUUACGUCUCUCCGAUAAAGUUCGCUAGCAGUGACUGCAACACUCUCCAUCUGACCACACCGACGAAAGCCUUAAACUGCUAUGAACACAAAAAAAAUAAACGAAAGCCUCUCAAGACUCCUAAGAACUGUAAGUAUUGCUACGAUGGUCCAUGGUUGAAAAGGAAUUAUAACAAAAAAUACAAUUCAGAAUAUAAAAGUCAUUCGAACUAUGCAUUCAGUAACACAAUUAAUGAACGCAAAUGUCGUGGAGCUAGUGAGCCGUGGCAGAGUUUUGACAUACACGAAACAAAAAUUGGCGGCAGUUAUAGAUUGAACACAGAUUCCGAUAAGAGAUUUUGUUAUUGUCAUGACUUGGAAAUUAUCGUUGAUCGUAUACAACAGGUCGCAAGAGACAUGGAAAUUUUAUUGGAAGAUGUGGACGAUACAUCCUCGAAAUAUUACUUUUGAUAUUUUUUAUUUCUUUAAUUUUUUUAUAUAUAUUUUUAAUAAAGUUUACUAUUAAUAGAUUAA